CUGAAGUGAAAACAAGACCAAGGUCUUGUUCUACUGUUGGCAUUUAUGAGAUCAAAUUCUGGCAACAUGGAAAGGAUAGUCUUCUGCCUGGUAGUCAUCUUCUCUGGGACAGUGGCCCACAAAUCAAGCUCUCAAGGGCAAGAUCGUUUCAUGAUUAGGAUGCGUCAACUUAUAGAUAUUGUUGAUCAGCUGAAAAAUUAUGUGAAUGACAUGGACCCUGAAUUUCUGACAGCUCCACAAGAUGUUAAGAGACACUGUGAGCAGUCAGCCUUUUCAUGUUUUCAGAAGGCCCAACUAAAGUCAGUAAAUGCAGGAGACCAUGAAAAGAUAAUCAAUAUGAGAAUUAAACAGCUGAAGAGGAAAUUACCUCCCACAAAAGCAGGGGAAAAACAGAAAAGCAGACUAGCAUGUCCUCCAUGUGAUUCUUAUGAGAAAAAACCACCCAAAGAAUUCCUAGAAAGACUGAAAUCACUUCUCCAAAAGAUGAUUCAUCAGCAUCUCUUCUAGACACCAUGGGAUUAUGAACAUUCCUGAGCAUCUAACUUGAAGCUGGACACUAUGUUUUAUACUCUAAAACAGUAAUGAAACUCACUCCUGGGUCUUCAAAAUGGGGG